CAGGAAGUAGGUCGUUUGUUGUAUAGGUCGGCACGGAACUUGUUCUGGGGGUUUUAAAUCCGGUCAAACAUCAGCGAUUUCUUCAAAAGAAAAAUACAGCCUUUUUCCAAUUAAUUAUAGUUGUCUGUGAGGUAACCGGGCGCCAACAUGCCACCUAAAAAACGCAACUCCGGGACGACACAGAGCAAAGAAGUGAAGCCCAGUACUGACAGUCCCUCUCUAGAAAAGAGUCCAGAGUUAUCUGUGAAAAAACACAGAGACAAGGAUGCUGAGUUUGUGACUCUUUGCAAGAGCCUUCGUGUGACUGACCUGGUCUGUGAGCGUUCCUGGGUGCUUUGGAAAACUGUUCAGGAAUCCAUGGAUGAAGUUAUUGACAGUCAGAAGAGGCUUUGGGGUGCUUGUCUGUUCGUUACUGUAACAGACUUGGAUGUUGCCUGUUUCACCUUGACCCAAGUUCUGAAAGCAGUCAGUAUGAACAUAAAACAGUUUUUAGAUUUGGUGAAAAAGAUGGAUGUGAACUUGGAUACCAUAAGCAGUAAGGUGAAUUCAGCCCUGACACGACUGGAGAAGAAGUACGAUGUGAUGCUGGCUCUUUACCAGAGGUUUGAAAAAACAUGCAAGAAAAUAUUUGCUUUGACUCCUGAGGGCACGGAGAGGGAGACGAUGAAGACCUGCUGGACAAUGUUUCUGCUGGCAAAAGGAAGGACCCUGCAGAUGGAAGAUGACCUGGUCAUUUCAUUCCAGUUGUUGCUCUGUACGCUGGAGUUAUUCAUCAAACGCUGUUCUCCAGGCCUUCUUCAGCCCCUUUAUAAAUCGGCCAUCAGCAAGGUUCAGAGCCCCCCAACACGAACAUCUCGUCGAAACCAGAGCAAAGCCAAAUCCAAACCUGCUGAACCAGAGGUUGAUGUGCAACUUCUAGAAACCUUGUGCAAAGAAAAUGAAUGCAAUGCAGACGAGGUAAAAAAUGUUUACCAAACCAGUUUCUGUGCUUUCCUGGAGUCUCUGGAUCUUUCAAGAUCUCCAGAUUUUCUCCAGGGGACUGAUGUGAAUCAACAGUAUGAAGAGCACUACCUCAAGAGCAGAGACAUUGACGGAAGGCUGUUUUUUGAUGGGGAUGAGACUGUUCUUGCAGCUAAAGAUGAAAUAUCUCAGGUGGAGAGAACACCCAAGAAGAGCCAGCCAGAUGAGGAUGGGGUAAUCAUCCCGCCCCAGACUCCAAUCAGAGCUGCCAUGACCUCCAUAAGAUUGCUGAGGGGUGAUCUACCUUCCACUGGAGAUAGGCCAUCCAUUAACCUGGUCACAUAUUUCAAAAACUGCACUGUGGACCCCACGCAGGAUGUGCAGAAGCGUUUGGAGAGACUCGGACUGGCGUUCAGUCAGAAGUUUGGUGAGGCUGUUGGGCCGCGCUGUGUUGUGUACGGCAGGCAGAGAUUCGCCCUUGGUGUCAGACUGUAUUACAAGGUCAUGGAGGCAAUGCUGAAAUCGGAAGAGAAACGGCUGUCUGUGCAGAAUUUCAGUAAACUUCUCAAUGACUCUACAUUCCACACAUCCCUACUGGCCUGUGCUUUGGAGGUCGUCAUGGCGACAUAUGAAGAGAGCAGCUUCAAAAAUGGGGGGUGCAACCACGGCGGAGACAACCCAGCUGAAACAGAUGUGUGUUUCCCCUGGAUACUGAAUGUUUUCAACCUCACUGCCUUUGACUUCUACAAAGUAAUUGAGAGCUUCAUCAAGGCCGAACCCACCCUGAGCAAAGAUAUCAUCAAACAUCUGGAGACCUGCGAGAACCUGAUCAUGGAGAAGAUUGCAUGGAGAACGGGCUCCCCGCUCUUUGAGCUCCUAAAGCAGGAACACGAGGGUGGAGCAGCAGAACAGGUGGAGACACCGGCUAGUUUCAGCCAACCGCUGCAGCACAACCACACUGCCGCUGACUUGUAUCUGUCCCCAGUGCGCCCAGGCCAUCGUGUCCUGCCCCCUGAGUCCCCAGCUACGCCCAACUCUCAAGCAUCCCAGGUCCAGGCUGCCGGCCAAGCUCCACGCCUCCCAAAGUCAAACUCACUCAGCCUCUUUUAUAAGAAAUUGUACCGCCUGGCUUAUACGAGGCUGAAGCUGCUCUGCUCCUACCUGCUGUCCUCCCACCCUGACCUGGAGCCCAUAAUAUGGACGCUGUUCCAGCACACUCUGCAGCACGAGUACGAGCUCAUGAGAGACCGUCACCUUGACCAGUUAAUGAUGUCUGCCAUGUAUGCCAUAUGCAAAGUGAAGAGUGUUGAUCUGCGCUUCAAGUCCAUUGUGUCAGCAUACAAGAACAUGCCCAACACCAACCAAGAGACUUUUAAGCAUGUGCUGAUCACAGAGGGCCUGUAUGACUCCAUCAUCGUAUUCUACAAUCAAGUGUUCAUGCAAAAGUUAAAGAUCAACAUCCUCCAGUAUGCGUCUACCAGGCCACCAACACUGUCUCCAAUCCCACAAAUCCCAUGCAGCCCCUACAAGUUCUCUAAUUCACCCCUGCGUGUGCCUGGCAGUAACAAUGUGUACGUCUCUCCCAUGAAAAAUUCACGCAUGUCUCCGGGUAUCAUGACUCCUCGUUCCAGGAUGCUGGUAUCGAUUGGCGAAUCCUUUGGGAUGGGAAAUCGCUUCCAGAAGAUCAACCAGAUGGUCAGCAGCAGCGAGCGGUCCCACAAGAGAACUCUGGAUUUUGGCUCCAACCCAAAGCCACUGAAGAGGUUACGUUUCGAUGUGGACGGUCAGGACGAGGCUGAUGGCAGCAAAUCUGGAGGGGAAUCGACACUGAUACAGAAGCUUGCAGAGAUGAGUUCCACCCGCAGUCGCAUGCAGGAGCAGAAACUGAAAGAAGACGCAGAAUUGAAGGAGUAAAUUGAAAUCCUACUGGACUGACCUGCACUGCUUUCCACAUAUUGGACACUACUGUUGACACACAAAGUAAAACACAAAAUUCUCUGUAUAUUUAGUGAUGCCUUUUUUUUAGGUCGUAUUUAAAUUUGAGGAACAUAGAGGACUUUUUCCCUUUUGUGUUCAGUCUUUUUUAUUGACUAUGCUUUGAAUCUCACAUAUUAGAAAUGAAGUGUAUUUUAUUUUAAUCAACUUGUUGGUCUUAGAAGAAAUCCUUUUUUUCACUCUCAUCCAUUCACAACUCUCCAGUGUUUGGCUGGCCCAGAAAGUUUGUUUUCUGACAUUUCAAAUGUCUGGAUCAUGGUGCAACAUAACAUGUUUUAUGGUAUCAUGACUGCUUUCUGUAAAAAGGACUAGAAGACUCAAAGGGACAUCCAAGUGUCUUUUGAAUUAGUGUUUUUUUUAAGUCAUAUGUCACUGGCCAGAAUGCACAUAUUGUCACAGGAUCUGGUAGCAAGUAAAGUUUAUUUGUGGUGUUAUAGUUUUAUAGUGGCUUUUUAUUUCUUCAAUCUUUUGGGUGUUUAAAAAGAUAAUAGAAAAAACAGCUAUGUUUUGACAAGAAAUAUUUUUAUACACACAUUCUUUUCUACAAUUGAAUUUUUUGGAAAUAGGAGUAGGAAGAUUUUAUGAAAGGGAGAAAUACAUUAGUUUACAACUUUUACAGAAGAUCUAUGGAGGACUGAAAUUGAUAGAAUUAAAAAUAAAUGCAGUUAUAUAUACAUUUCUCCAUAAGCAAAUCAAUUUACCAAAAAAUGCGGCAACUAAACAACAGAAUGCAACAUAAGUUUACAUUUCCACUCUAAUUUCAACCUAUAAAAAGAAUUAAUAAGAUUGAAUGGGGAACAGAGUUAGUUAAGCAAAUGUGAAAACAUUCAAUAAAAUAAGUAAAAGUUGUAAAACAAAUAUCUUAAAUAAGUAUUGUAUACAGGGAAAAUUGAAUGAUUAAUACAGGCUUGAAAAAAUAGUGACAUGAGUUAUAAAGCAUGUGCUAAAGUGAAUAAAUGGACUUUAAAAAAAAAGAAGAAAUGUGUAUAAUUACAGGUGAAAAUUAGAUUAGAAAUAUAAAAUGAUACAGCUUUUUGUCAAUUAACUGGUGCUUUUUUAGCAUAUUGAUUUAUUUUCAUAUAUUUCUGCAUCUUUGAUAAUGUCCGCUUCAGUCCUCCAUAGUAUGUACACAUGGACUACAUUCAGUAAUAUGUAAAAUAAUGUUCCAUUACCAGAGUUUUUAAAUGUGUUGAUAAUGUAAGCUAUUCAAAUAGUUUUUUUUAAAUGUAGAAUUUUUUUUCCCCGAUUUUUUAUGUUUUUUGUGAAUUAGUUUCUUUGCUGAGAAAAUUGCAGUGUUGGUUUAAAGGGAAAAAAAGUAGUAGAUCUGUGCGUUUUUUGUAUGAUUGAAUAACUUUCAGUAAUGUAUUGCACUCGGAAUUGAAUCAAUUUUCUCCUUUUGUUUUAGAGAGAAAAAUAAAUUCUAUACGUAAUUUUUUUAAAUCUCAAACUAAAGGUUUAUAUUUUAGUGCGCAGGGUUUGUUGCCCAGUGCCUGCUAUGCUAAAACUCAUUUACUUCCAGCAGCAGCCUGUCGCCCCCCCCCCUAAAUGAGACUGCAUCUCAGAAAGGUGACUAAUAAACUCUUCACUGUGCUGGUACCUCGAUUUAAUCUUGAUGAUAGUCUGUUCCAACCGUGGUUAACAAUGAUUGAAAGUAAAUAAACAUUUCCACUUAAAGAGUGGAUUCAAUGCA